AUGCACGCAUGGCUUUGUACUUGUAUGACAACAGAGAUUAUUCAACAUGAAUUACUUCAUAUCUUAGAUUUUAACCAUGAACAAUCACGACCUGAUCGUGAUUCAUAUAUUUCAAUUCAGUGGCCUAAUAUUCAAUCAGAUUUAAAAAAUAAUUCUGUACUUAGUACUCUACAAACUUCAUAUGGUCAUGAAUCCGUAAUGCUUUAUGAUCCAUAUUCCUUUAAUAAGAAUGGUUUGCAGACGAUAAUUUCAACACAGAAUUCAUCUGCAUUAAUUGGACAACGAAUUAAGAUGAGUCCUAUUCAUAUUCUUGAAUUAAAACGAUGUUAUGAUUGUUUACCAAAGUCAAGUUCAACAAAUUUACAACAUUAA